CUCGCUUGCUUUGCACGGGCCGCGGCUACUAACAAAACAGAGGCGGACAGGAAAGAGGAGCAGAGAGAGAGAAGAUGGGGGGAGGAAUGGAAGCGCACAAGAACAGGUUCAUAGAGGAUUGGAGCUCUGCGAGGGAGAACCUUGAGCACAAUUUCCGAUGGACUCGCCGCAACUUCGCCCUCGUGGGCUUAUUCGGCAUCGCCCUCCCUGUCUUCGUCUACAAGGGCAUCGUCAAAGAAUUCCAUAUGCAAGAUGAGGAUGCAGGAAGGCCAUACCGGAAGUUCCUCUGAGCAUGAUUUGAAAAAAAAUUCUGUGUAAUAACGGUGGAUGAAUAAUGAAACACUUGUUUUACCCGCAAAUGUGCCUUUUUCCUAGUUCGAUGCGUUCUCCCCGUCCUUCCAAUGUGUUUGACAAGUUUUCUGUAGAAUUUUAAAGAACUUUGAAUUCUGGUUUGCCAUUAAGAAAAAUGGAAUAUUUCAUGGUUCCAACUUUA